UAGAGGGAAUGUGAUGAGUUGAAGAAGAAGUGGUGUCCUCUCCUGCCUUCGGAGCGCUGAAAUGGGGCAGGGUGCGCACAAACUGGAGACUAUAAAGCUGCUGAGAAGACUCCACUUGAUGUGAGCGCAGACAGAAGGGGGUUGGCUGAGCAGGCGGAGGAGAGGGGGGGACAGCAGCACACACCUAGUUCAAUGUUCAUUAUAAAAGAGAGUUUGUGAAGGAGACUCGAACCUGGACUCGCUUCGACUCGAGCAACUGUCUGGGAUGCGCGCCGCGUCCAGCUGAAGCGCAGCAGUUUGGCACAUCUUCCCUCCGAGCUGCAGCCGGACAGAAUCAGCGCUGCGCUAAGAUUACAGCUGCUGCCUUCACACUUUCCCCCCUAACAUGGGAUCGAGCUGUGGAGAGGGUUUGAGCAGGAAAAGUUUGCUUUGGUCCGUGCUGAUCCUCUGGCUGUGCGCGCUCGUGAACGGGACGUGGAAGACGGGACUUUACAAAACGUUUCCAGGGACGCAGCUGAGCAGAGAGGCAGCGGCUCGAACCCCCGUCUAUCAGAAAAGGAACUGGUGUCCUCACACAGUCACAAAGACGGUAACCUGCCAGGUGCAGAAUGGAACCAUCCUCCAGCGGGUCUACCAGACCUGCCGCUGGCCACAGGGAUGCUCAGGAGGCAGCUACAAGACCAUGAUCAGACCUUCAUACAAAGUGGUUCAUCGCACUGUGACUUCUCUAGAGUGGAAAUGCUGUCCAGGCUUCAGCGGUUCUGCCUGUGAAGAAGAUGGAGGGAAUCAGUUUGUAGCUCAGGAGGCUGUAAGGAAACCUUCUGGUCUGCGGCGCCCUCCUGCACGCACGGGAGCGCAAAAUUCUAGUAAGAAUGAUUGCUUCAACUGCAGUGAAAUUGCAGCUUUGAGUGAAAAGCUCAACUCGCUGGAGGCGAAGGUGCAGUUACUCACUACGCCAGCUACUGUAGCACAUCAGUACCAACCGGGUGAAAAAGGAAAUGUUCCGGAGGCUUCAAUACUUGUGGGUGCUGUGACCUCUCGGGGAGUUCAUGAUGAGCAGGGACCAGCAGGUCCUCAGGGUGGAAAGGGGAGAGAUGGAAUUCCUGGGAGGGAUGGGAAACCAGGAGUUCGGGGGCUGCCAGGUCCCAGUGGGCCACGGGGGGAGACUGGGAUAAGGGGUCCAUCUGGAUCCCCUGGAUUAAAGGGACCUCCAGGACCAGCAGGUCCACGUGGUCCACAGGGAUUUCCAGGAGAAAAAGGUCUACCUGGGCCGCCUGGGCCACCGGGACCUCCAGGCCCUCCGUUGUCAGCCAGUGUCCGCAUCUCAGAAGAGCACAGUCCCGGUAAAGAUCCGUUCUUCACCAACACUUUCCAUGAUUCCAAAGGUUUGCCUGUUCCAGGGCCUCAGGGUCCUCCUGGGCCCGUCGGUCCUCCAGGUCCCAGAGGCCCAGUUGGACCUCCCGGCCCAUCAGGACAAAACGGGAGACCUGGAGCUCCUGGAAUACAGGGUCCCAUUGGGCCAAAGGGAGAUCGUGGUGAAAGAGGUCCUUUGGGUUACCCAGGAGAGAGGGGCCUCAGGGGCGAGCCGGGAGCACCAGGUCCUAAAGGAGAGCCUGGAGAGAAAGGGUUGCCGGACAUUAGCUUCAAGAUGUUCCAAGACUUGCAAGCAGACCUUGAGGUUCUGUUGCGCAGGGUGACACUGCUGGAAGCUAUGAUCUGGCCAGAGCCUGAUCUAGGGUCUGGGGAUGGACCGUUCGGUACCACCUCUCCUGGUUUCUACAGAGAUAAGCGUGGAGGCUCACUAUCACGACGACGUUCUUCCGCCUUGUCUUUGGACACCAAGGUUUGAGGGAAGUAGCUUGGCCCAGCCUACCCUGAGGAACACAGGCUGAUCAGAUCCCACCCCUUUAAAAAAAAAUCUCAUUAGCACUCAUCAGAUUCAGACUUUAUCUGGUGUCCAGUCUGGGCUUUAUGAUCUUAAUUCAUGUGGGAGAAAACCUCAGGGAAACUCCACCGAUCCUCCAAAACGUCCUGCUACAUCGGCACACUGAGAACCACAUCGACCACCGCUUGUCACAGUUACAAAACUCUUAAAAAAUGCUUCCAACUGCUGCUUGUGUGUCACGUCUUCAGCUGCAAAACUAACAUUUUAUAAAAUCGUGUUUUGUAAAGGAAAUACCGGGGUCUCUUGUCGUGCUCCUUGUGCUGUAAACAGUUCAGGAAAGUAUGGGUCAUGUGUGGAGAUCAAGCAAAGAACUCAGAUGUGUGGAAAGAGACUGGAUACGACUUUUACAAUGUUAUUGCAACCUGAAGAGAAUCUGUUAUUUAAGUCUAUUGAGCAUGUACAGUUUACAACUUAACAAUUAAGCCUUCUUCUCGUGUAUUCAUUUUGUUCUAUCAUAUUGUUUAACUCAUGUAGUGCACUAAAAAGAUGAAGUCAUCUCUAAUCGUUCUGAUCUGUGUGUUUCUAACAGUGGUUUGUAGUUUUUUGGUGCGAGUCAUUUUUUUCCCACUUAAAUUUAUGACAUUUAAUGUGUGCAAUUUAUGCACAAUUAUUUAGCAUUUGUUUUAAAUCAUUUGGACAAAAAAAAUUUAAAUCUCCACCUCCAUAUCUGCACAAACAGAGAGGAAACUACUAUCGGAACUUGAACAUCUUCUUUUAUUAUUAUUAUUAUUUUUUUACAAGUGUUGUGUUGGUAAAUUGUUUAAACUGUCAAGAGAAAAGGCUUUUUUUUCUUUUUCUAUACGAGUUAUUGUGAAAGUAUUUAUAUGACACAUUGUAGUUUAGGUUUAAAGCUGUAGUAUGAGCAUUUCAUAUUUUGAAUUUGGAAAAAAAAUGUGUUACUGUGUUAAGAUCAUCCUGUGAUAAACUUAUGUUCACAUCUUUUUUUUUUUUUUGUAAAGUUAACAUGACCCUUGUUUUAAUUUGUGGUACAAAAGGUAUUCAAUAAACACUUUUUAUAGCAAAAA